UGUGGUUCCCUAGUCAUGUGAUGUCAAGUCUUCUAAACCAUUCACCUUUCACAUAGGCUAAAUCAAACAUUGUAAUAAACACCAACACCUCACAAACACCUAAUAAACGCUUUUUUGUUAUCCCAUCCAGUGAACAGGAAUCAGAAAGCAAGUAUAUUAGUUCCUCCCUAAAUUACCGUAAGUAUUGCAGUAUGUGCGCAUAUUUUAACAUUUUACAUUCACAUUUUAAUCGCGGCUGGCUUUACAGAGUUUAUGGCUAUUACAUAAACAGGAGUGGCAUGCCAAUGUCAGUGAUAUUUGAAAGGUAAUUGAGACGGCGCGUAUAUUUGCCUCACAACGAAACUGAAGCACCAACGUUGAAGAUUAAGACAUGGCGCGCCUACCGUUACCAGAGGUGAAAUAUUUCCAAAAGUGAGCCUUAAGAUUGAUCAAGCCACCAUGGAGCAUUCAAAUGUAAGCACACUAAAAGGAACGACAGUGAAUGUUGAACAUAAAGAUGACUAUUUUGUUGCCACCGGGACAUACAAAGAAGUUGAAAACAUUUUUAUGCAGUGUGCCCCGCAUGAUAAAUAUGGAGUUCCUGGUCAAGAGAAGAAGGGUCCUAAAAACCACGCCUCAGGUCUGGGAUCAGCUCAAAGUAGCUUCUUUGCACAAGUUGAGGUUGAUGAAACUGUCAUGCAUUACAUCAAAGAAAAAAAAUCUGAGGAGUUUAACAAAAUAAAAAUAAAUGCCGUCUCCAUGGAACUAAAGAAAGGGCAUAUGACCUUUUCAUCCCUGACUGACGAGACCAUUCAUGCUCAAUUUGCUCGAGAACACUUUAUAACAUUAUAUCAAAAGACUGCAACAGGCCUGCAAACGAGGACAUACAAUUUAGAUCCAAAAAAUAUGAAGCAUUACAGCGCAGAGUUCCCAGAACUCCUAAUCAGCAUCUGUAAGGAUAAACAAGGACUGACAUUGACUGGCAGCUUCAUCAGCCUUGAAAGAUUUGAGUCAUUUUUGUAUGGGAGUGCAACAAAUUCUUCGCAGCACCAAACCCUGAAUAAAACAAUGGACUGUGACACACCUUCCAAGCAACCUGUUUCACAAGAGAAAACAAUAAACAAGGCCAAAGAGGAGACAUGUCCAAUUUGUUUAGAGACGAUCAAGAAGCUUGAGUGUGAAGUCUUGCCUAAAUGCAAGCACUGCUUUUGUAAAGAAUGUUUGAAGAGGGCUUUCCAGUUGAAACCAGCUUGUCCGAUUUGUGGAGAGAUAUAUGGCGAUUUAAUGGGGACACAACCAAAAGGAGGGACCAUGACUGUCACAAAGGAUAACUCUUCUUUACCUGGAUACGAGACAUAUGGAACGAUCGUAAUAAAGUACUAUAUACCAGGUGGAUUACAGGGGGCUGAGCACCCAAACCCAGGCAAGUCUUACCAGGGUGCAUCCCGUACAGCUUACCUCCCUAAUUCAACAGAGGGGAGUAAAGUACUGAAGCUUCUGGAGAGGGCGUUUAACCAGCGACUCACUUUCACCAUUGGACGCUCAUCAACCACUGGAAUAAACAACGUGGUGACCUGGAAUGAUAUUCACCAUAAGACAUCCCGUUUUGGGGGACCAACGCAUUAUGGAUAUCCGGAUCCAGACUACCUGAAACGAGUACAGGAGGAGCUGAAAGUGAAGGGAAUUUACUGAUUUAUUUAUUUAACCUUUUACAGGCUGAACUUUGUAAAUGUUAGACAUUAAGCUUAUUACUAUCACAGAAACUGUAUAUUACCCAUGUAAUCACCAUCAUAACCAGAAACCAUAAAAAUAAAAAACAGAUUUAGAACAAAGUAAUAUGGAAGUCUCAUGGUCACCAGUAACGGUAUGCUACAUUUCAAUAGUGGAAUGAUGUACAGUGACACUUUUGUCACAUAUAUACUACUGAAAACAAAACAUUUGUUUCACGUCAAAGUGAUGGGACCAUAUCUACAGAAGUUGUUAAAAAUGUUACAUAAGUUAG